UGGGUUUUAUGUAACUUCUCCUAUGAGUUGUCACCGUGAUCUCCUACCAGUCAAAAUUGAAUAUUUUGUCCUUGCCUGAAGGCAACUGCUGUCUAACUGUUCAGAUCGAACUUGGCAUAAAGCAAAGUUUUUAGGUUCCAUCUCAGUUUUCAUGUGUGCGUUGCAUGUAAGUUUACUGGAAAACUGGGUUUCAUUGUGCUUGCGUCUUAGGGCUCCUGGCAGACAAAUUCCCACAGUUUCUUUUUCUUUGCUGCGGAGAUCUCUGCUCUGGAGAAGGUUUUAGCAUAGUGGUUCUCGGUUAGGGGUUAACACCACUACCCAUGUGGCAGUAAUCACUUUGGUUGGUGUUUCAGGUAGCUCAGCCUGUCUUUUGUGGCCAGAUUUUGGGUGGGUUUUUUUUUGCAAUGCACAACCUGCGAGAGUUUUCCAUGCUUACUGCAAAUGAGAGGCUGGAGAAUAAGCCCCAUCUUUAUAGCUAACAAUCUAAGGUUAGUCUCUUUUGCUAAAAAGAUGACUAACAUUGUCUGUCUCUUUUGUCCUAUGGGGUAAAGCUACUGUUUUGUUUGGUCUUUGAUGUAGCUAAAUUCCUCAAACCUUUUAGGAAAUCCAGGCCAAGUCUUUCAGUGUUUAUUUAAGGGCAUUUAUUGGGACAUCAUUUAAAAAUCUGCUAUUGCCCAUUACAUAAGUAUCUCUUAAUCUUGUAGAUAUCAUUUUGGUCUGAUGGAAUUUUUUGGUUUUGUUUUUUUCUUCUAAGAGGACAAAUUAUUUUAUGGCUGUAUUUUGUAAAUGGCGCUGAGGAAUCAGACAAGCUCAGGUCAUCUGACUAAAACUAUAUACUGAAAACAUUACUGGGUUUAGUCAUCUACUCUAAAUUCUGAACAGUGAUAUAAUUGUGAGGCAGCAUUUUCCUGCUUUUGUACAGAUCAACUUUAAAACUAUUACAGUUUUCAGUCUAGGGUAUUAUGGUAAAGAGUGUCAUAGUUUUACCUCAGCUGGCAACUAAGUACCAUUCAGCUGCUUGCUCACUUCCCCCUCUCUCCCAUGGUGCAUUGAGAUAAGAACAGUUCAAUAAUUGAAAGAAAGUAAAUUAGUAGUAGUAGUAUUAAAAAUGAUGACAAGGAGAAAGGAAUAAAACACAAGAAACACAAGUGUUGCACAGUAGCAUUGCUCACACCCCACUAACUGAUGCCCAGCCUGUCCCCAAGCAGUGAUGGGCCCCUCAUAGCCAAUUCCCCCCAGUUUAUGUACUGAACAUGGCAUUGUGUGGGGUAUGGAAUAUUCCUGUGGCCAGUUCAAGUCAGCUGUCCUGGCCGUGUUCCCUCCCAUCUUCUUGUGCACCUGUUCAAUGGCAGAGCAUGGGACACUGAGAAGGCUUUGUUACAGGGUAAGCACUGCUCACAGCCAAAACAUCAGUGUGUUAUCAACCUUAUCCUCAUCCUAUAUCCAAAGAAUGGCACUGUACCAGCUACUAAGAAGAAAAAUAACACUGUCCCAGGCAAAGCCAGGACAAGAGUGUAUUGGAUGAAAGUAUCAAAUAUACUUUGGGAUGAGAAAUCCAUCACAGGACUGGCAUUGGCAGGGGGAAAGAAAGUGCCAUAGCUGCUACAGAUUCUCUCCGGGAUGUUGUGGAACAGUUUGUCCAGUUCUACAGGUUUGAAAAUGGAGCACAUAAUAAAAAUGUAUUGAAGGAAGGUGCUGUUAAGCGAUUUCUGAAACUACUGUCUUCUUUGGAAGAAAUCCCUGAAGAAAUCCCAUGCAACAUCUCCCAUGCCUGUGCUAACAGCUUCAUAAAACAGUUGCUGGAGAAGCAAAUGUGGCAUAAAGUUUUGCUGCUACUAACAGGGAAAGCCAAUGGGGAAAAGCCAGCCGGUGGAGGACUCUUCAAAAACUGCAGUCUUCCAGAUGUUGACAUCGGCAACAUUAUCCAACAGUGUGAAAGAUCGGAUACGCAAGUGCACCUCAUAAGAUGCUUGCUUGAACUGGGAGCUUUGCCAGAUGGGAUUGCAACCAACUCUGAAAUUCCACUGCAAAUAUGCCUCAAAAAGAACUAUUUUGAACUGGUGUAUUUGCUGCUGACCAAAGGUGCAGAUCCUCAGAAUCUCUCUGUUACACAAGGAGAUACUCCUUUGCAUGCUGCAGUUUCCAUCUGUUUCAAUAAUAGAGAUGGCACUGGUUUAAACAUCCUGAACUAUCUACUUGAUCUCUUUGCUUCAAGACCUUCUGACUUUCCAUAUCUUAAUCCAAACAUACAAGAUGAGAAUGGAAAUACAGUGAUGCAUAUUGUUUUUCAGAGAGGAUUUUCAAAGCAGACUAAGAGAAUAACAGAGUCAUUGGCAAAAUUCGACAUUAAUUUUAAUAUAAAAAACAAAUCUGGAAGAGAUGUGAGGCAUAGAAUUAAAAAAAGUGACCCACUGCUACUUGCCUGGAAUAAUGCUGCACUGGAGAGAAAGAAGCACCGGCAAGAUAGAGCAGGGCAGUUGGGUAAAACAUCUAAGCCUGUUCCAGCCUCUGAGACUUCACAGUCAAAGAGCACAAGGCAUUCUUCAUCCGGGUCCUCAUUAAAAACACCAUCUGGCAAUGUAAUGCCUAAUGAUUUAAAACCCCCGUGUUCUAUAAAAACAAAAAAAGGUCAGUUGGCAAAGCAGAAAACAGAAGGAAUAAAUAGCCCUUUAACACUGCAGGAAAGUCUAGUGCAGGCAAUCACAACUUUAAUUCAGCAACUGAAAGUGGGCGACACGCUGAGAAAGGAUCAUCCCCUAGUACAAAAGCCACCUGCAGCUCAGACUAGUUUGGAGGAGGGAAGAAGUUCCUUGCAAUCUUGUGGAAGCAUAGCUUAUCCUGAAGGAAAAAGGCAUGAUUGGGAGAAAAAGAACGGAGCAGGGGAAUUUAAUAUGGCCCUGCCUAAUGGAGAGAAGGAAGAAGAGGAGGAGAGUCUGGAUAUUGAGGCACAUGAGCAGGAGUUUGAUAACAUGACCUGGGAAAUAGAGUGCACUCCUGAAAUGCUGAAGACUUUGAGCAGCAAAGCUGUGCCUCAUGAUCUGAAAACUAAAACUAUAAGGACAAUUAAGCAGCUUGGCAACGGGGAAUGGACUAGGGGCCUUCAGAAGCCACUGAAACACCUGAAAGCUAAUAUCCGGCUGUAUGAAGCCAAAUUGGACAAAGGUGCAAGAAUGCUUUGGGAACUUGCGAUUGACUUUUCUCCUCGUUGUAGCGAGAGUCCAGAAAAGAUCAUGGAGACAGAACAGACGAAAAGUCUUCCAGAAAAAUCAGGUAGAGUUUACACAGAAAUAAUUAGAAUUUGGGCCAUUGUUCUUGACCACGGCAAGCUGGACCGUGCCUUAGAAAAUAUAUGUAUUUCCUACAAUCGUGGUUUAUCCUGCAUCUUGAGGAAAAAGCUGAAGUGUAUAAAUGAAGGACAUCAGAACCACAGUGUGACAACAGAGAAGCGUGUUCCACGUUGUUAUGUUGAAGACACAGCGGCAGAAAAAUCAAAAGAAUAUACCAUGCCUGAGUAUUUCCCUCCAGCCAGUGCAGCCGAAUUGGAGUACAAUAUAAUAAAAUUUCACAGUUUCAGUACUAACAUGGCGCUUAACAUUAUAAAUGAUGUGCAGACUUCUGUUGAAUACCCUUUCCGAGUUGGGGAGUUGGAGUAUGCAGUAAUUGAUCUCAAUCCAAAGCCCAUGGAACCAAUCAUUUUAAUUGGGCGAAGUGGGACAGGGAAGACGACUUGCUGCUUGUAUAGGCUUUGGAAGAAAUUCUAUUCAUACUGGGAAAAAUCCACCUUGGCAAAUGGACCUCUGCUGGAGAGGCAGACAUGGCAGCAAAGACAGUGCAGUGAGUUUGAAAAAGCCAGUUUAGGGAAGGAAGAGGGUGAAAUAAAACAAGACAAUGAUGAUUCGAGUGAGGAACAGGUGAAGGACGAGCAAGACCGGGACAGUGAAAAUGAAAAGGUUCCCUCAGGCACAGCUGGUACAGAAAUGAAUUCAUGUGAUGACCAUGAAGAAGACCAAACGUGUAGCACAGAAGCAUCAAACAAGCUGGAGCACCUGCACCAGAUCUUUGUAACAAAAAAUCCUGUCUUAUGCCAAGAAGUUCAGAAGAAUUUCAUUGAACUUAGCAAGUCUUCCAAGGUAACCAGUCACUUCAAGCCUCUGGAGCCAAAUAUUCACAAACUACAAGACAUUAAAGAUGAAAAUUUUCCACUGUUUGUCACCUCCAAGCAGUUGUUGUUGUUACUGGAUGCAUCCAUGCCCGACCCAUUUUUUCCAAGAAAUGAAGAUGGAAGUCUUAAAAGAAUCAUUGUUGGUUGGAGUCCUCAGGAAGACUCGGUCAUACCAAAUUGGCAGGACGAGGAUGAAGAAGGUAACCUUGAAGCAGAACAUGGUGAUGAUGGAGGAGCUGCAGAUGCGAACUCUAGGGAAAGCGAUCAUUGGACUUUUGUGACUUAUGAUGUAUUUGCAAAGGAAAUAUGGCCAAAAAUGAUAAAAGGUAAAAGCUUGUACAAUCCAGCAUUGGUUUGGAAAGAAAUAAAAUCUUUUCUGAAAGGCUCUUUUGAGGCACUGAGUUGCUUUGGAGGCAAGCUUAGUGAGGAGAAGUACAAAAAGCUAGGCCGAAAGAGAUCACCGAACUUCACGGAAGACAGGAGUGAAAUCUAUCAUCUCUUUUGUCUUUAUCAGCAGAUAUUAUCACAGGGAGGUUACUUUGAUGAAGAAGAUUUGCUAUAUAAUUUAUCUCAACGACUUUCAAAGCUCAGGGAGCUGCCAUGGUCCAUCCAUGAAUUUUAUGGUGAUGAGAUACAGGAUUUCACGCAAGCCGAGCUAGCACUGUUAAUGAAAUGCAUCAAUGACCCUAAUGCCAUGUUUCUAACUGGUGACACUGCCCAGAGCAUAAUGAAAGGAGUUGCUUUUCGUUUUAGUGACCUGAGGUCACUGUUUCAUUACGCAAGCAAGAGCUCCGCGAACAAGAAGCAGCGUGUUAGAAAACCAAAAAGGAUAUAUCAGUUGUACCAGAACUACAGGUCCCAUUCAGGUAUUCUCCGUUUGGCAUCCGGAGUGGUUGAUUUGCUCCAGCAUUAUUUUCCAGAAUCUUUUGAUCGGCUUCCUCAGGAUCGUGGUCUCUUUGAUGGACCAAAACCUACGGUCUUGGAGUCCUGCAGCGUUAGUGACCUAGCGAUUCUGCUGAGGGGCAACAAAAGGAAAACACAACCGAUUGAAUUUGGAGCACAUCAGGUGGUAUUGGUAGCAAAUGAAACUGCGAAGGAGAAGAUACCUGAGGAACUUAGUUUGGCACUUGUACUGACAAUUUAUGAAGCAAAGGGCUUGGAAUUUGAUGAUGUACUCCUUUACAACUUUUUCACAGAUUCAGAGGCUAGCAAAGAAUGGAAGAUAAUAUCUUCUUAUAGUCCUGAUUCGGAUGUGCAAAUGGGAAGCAACUUGCUAAAUGAAAUACCAUUAGAGGAUGCUGCCGGUGUGCAGAAAAAAUCUCCUUUUAAUGUAGAAAUGUACAAGAUGCUGAAUGGAGAACUCAAGCAAUUGUAUACUGCCAUUACAAGAGCCAGGGUAAAUCUGUGGAUCUUUGAUGAAGACUGUGAUAAACGGGCUCCAGCUUUUAAGUAUUUCAUCAAAAGAAAAUUUGUUGAGGUUGUCAAAACAGAUGAAAAUGAAGACUUAGAUGACAGCAUGUUUGUUAAAACUUCAACUCCAGAAGAAUGGAUUGCACAGGGAGACUACUAUGCUAAACACCAGUUCUGGGAGGUGGCAGCCAAAUGUUACCAAAAGGGUGGAGCAGCUGAGAAGUCAAAACUGGCCCUGGCACAUGAUGCUGUUCUCAAAGUGCAUGCAAAGAAAAGCAGCCCUAGGGAAAAAAAGAUGGAGUAUAUGACAUUGGCUAAAACUUACUUGGAAUGUGGAGAACCGAAAUUAUCACUAAAAUGUCUGUACCAAUCAAAGGAGUUCCGGCUUUGUGCAGAACUGUGUAAAAAGUUAGGAAAGAUGAAGGAUGCUGCAGUUUACUAUCAGAAAAGCCAGUGCUACAAAGAAGCAUCUGGAUGUUAUGAACAAAUUGAGGAAUUUGAUCUGGCCAUUAAAAUGUAUUGUCAGGAAGAACUCUAUGAAGAAGCAGCAAAGGCAGUUGAAAGAUAUGAAGAGAUGUUGAAUACGAAAGGACAAAUGGUUUCCAAACUCUCAUGUACAGCAAAUCAGUUGUAUUUGGAAGCAGCUGCAAAGUACCUGAGUAUGAACAGGACUGAGGAAAUGAUGCAAGUCCUCUCAAAACUUGACAUAGAGGAUCAGCUUGAGUUUCUGAAGUCUCGUGGAUGCUUGCGCCAAACAGCAGACUUAUUGAAAAGGAAAGGUCGAGAGGAGGAAGCUGCAAAGCUAAUGAAACAACAUGGAUUUGCUCUGGAAGCAGCCAACCUCACAACUAUAAAAGAGUUUCGUGCAUCGUGUUUGCUCGCUGCAGCACGUGCCAGUCUGACUCAUUGUUCAGAAUCAGACCUGGUAGACAUGGAGAUAAUCCUAGAAGAAGCCCUCGAACUUUGUGAUCAAACUGGGCAGAAGUCUGGCAUUGCUGAGGCUAUGUUUUUGCAGGGAGCUCUGAAGGGAGACUUCACAAAGCUGAGGGACGCGUUCCGUCAGUUCCUAUCUCUGAAUCAUUCUGCUGGUGCUGUUGAAGCUCUCUUUGCAUUAUCUCAUUUCAGCGCUCCUAGCCAGGACAUCCUCUUCAUGGCAACGCGUGGCUUAGUGGCUCUUCUGAGUCUGGUUAGGGGUUUGAAGAGAGCAGCCACCAAUGCAGAGAAAGAUAUGGUGAAGUUAUGCUUUGCCUAUUUUGGGAUUGUCCCAACAGGUGACAGUUGCCAGGUGUCUCAAAAUGAAGCUGAACCCAUUCUCAAGUUUUUGUCAGACAAGCCAAAUCUAAAAGAGAGGAAGAUAAAAGGUGAUUUCUCAGUAAGCACAGAGGAGGUAAAAUCAGCUUUGAAGCAGCACUUGUUAAGCAGGUUUUGCUCUAUCACCCGUGAGUUACUGAACAAGAAUUACCCUGAUAUUUGUAAGAAGUGCAUUGCCGGCUUGAACUGUGGAGACGGAACCUGUGAUUACAAUAGGCCCUUGUUGCGCCACAAAGCAAAGACAAUAUUUCAGUGUAAAAUGCAUCUGGUGGCAAUAAGGGGGCUGUUCUUAGAAGCCACAUGCACUUUCCCUAAAGAGCUACUGAAUCAGUGCAAAAGCUUUGAUGACAUUUUGACUUCUGACAAAUAUGCAUCAUGUAAAGCCCUUCUAGAAAUGUUUUUUCCUGAUCAUUUUCAUUUGAGAAUACUGUCUGAGAACCCAAAGGCAUGUAAAGAAAUACUACAAUUCAGUAGCAUUAUUUCCAAACCCUGCAGAGCAAUGUUGAAGGAGUACAUCACAUUUAAGUUUAAUAAUGAAGGCACUGCAGCCAGAAGAGAAUCAACUGACUUAUGGCUAAGUGCCAUGAAAGUUUUUAUCUUAUCUUCAGGAUAUCCUGAAGAAUUUGAGAAACUUCUUUUUAAGGAAGAGGAUGAUUAUAACAAAGAGCUAAACUUUGCUUUGGCAAAGGCAAGAAGUUCCCCAAAGACUAGAGACCAAGGAGGAAAGACCAAAGGAAUAGAGGGCAGACAUGGUAUGUUGCUACCUGACAAAAAUGCUGAAAAUGCAGGAAGAACACACUUGUGCUUCAUUCGACUUCUUCAAAAUUCACUUGAGCAAUUCUAUGUUCAUAAGAACCCGGAAAACUGUAAAAGAUUUUUUUUCCGUUUUAUGAAUGUCCUGAUCAGGAAGUGCACAAGAUACCUGAUUCCAAGCAUAGGAAAUACGGUGAUGUUGUUGGAAUUGCAGUAUAUUCUCUGUUGUGCUGUCUUGAUGCGUCUGUCCAAGAACAUUACUCUCUGCCUUCCAAAGAGUUACAUUGCUCUCCUUCAUUACUGGGAGUUUUUGUUCAGAAGCAAGGACCAUAACAAAGAACUGAAAGACACAUUUUCUAUUAUACAGGAGUACAGACCAAAGGAAACAUAUGUAGCUGUACAGAAUUUCAGAUUUCAUCUCUGUUAUCUAGCAGAAGUUUUGUGUGGUGUUCAUGGAAGGUUUGAUGUCCUUCUGGAUGCGUUCAGGGAUCCCGACUGCAUAACUUCAGGGGAGGCUGAGCGGACUGUAGUGCUGUGCUUAGUGAUGUUACUGAAUGCUGACCAGGUGCAGAGUUCUAAACAUAGAUCCCUCCUAUGCCACCACUUUCCUGAAAUCAAGGCGAUGCUGAAAUCAAUGAGAAAAGACGCUCUCUCUAAAGUUCCUGAAAGAUUGCUGAGGGUUAUUGAACAAGUGAGUGAUGCUACACAUGUAAGAGAAAUAGCUACAGGCCUGCAAGAGCUGCUGAUAGAGCGAGAUGAAGAGUACUUGGUUGACUGCCGCUGGAAGUGGGACAGUCAGGGGCAUCCAACCAUACGGGGCAUCCUGUAUGAACACAUAAACCUUGACAGGUUUAUGACCUCUUUGGAUAAAACAGAAUAUGCUGAUGAGCUAGAAGAGGAACUUGAAAGAGUUCAUUGCUUAGAGGACCAAAAGGAUCAAAAGGAUCCCCUGGAAGUCAUUGCACUCAGCAAGCAGAAGAAGCAAGAGCAGAAAGCAUCUGCUCAACGCCAGCUGUAUCGUGUGUUCAAUUUUGUUUCCCUUUACAUGAAGUGGAAAAGGAAGGCCUGCUCCAGAGCUCAUCCUGUUGCAAUGAAAGAUGAUGAAUUUUUGUCAGAGAUAUUCAAAAAAGCAGAUAUUGACCAAACCCAGUGUGACCUCUGUGGAGUUAGAUUUAUCCAGAGCUCUGAGAACUAUUUCAGCAGGUCGGAAAACAUGGAGGCAGAUACUUCUGAACCUCUGACACCAACAGAGAGCAGUGGGGAAGAGAAGCUGCAUGCAGAAGGAAAUGCAAUUUCUGUGGCCAGUGAGGCCUACAUAGAGCACAGAAACACAGAUGAACACACAAAUAAUAAUGCUGCCUACAGAUCCUACGCCGAGUUUUUCAGAAGAGAGAUAGAUCCAAUCAUAUAUGAGGGACUGGAAUUAGUGGAGGCCAUUACAGAAGAGUCUUACACCCGAGACCGUUUAGCAUAUAAAGAAGGUUCCAACUUAUGCCAGAGAAAAAUCAAAGAGAAUAUUAAGAAAAUUUCAGAUGCAGUAGAGGAAAUCUAUGAAAGAAAAGCCUGGGCUAAAGCUGAAGAAAUAAUAACCACACAUGCCAACAAAUUGGUUGUCACCGUUGAUGACGCUCGUAAGUGGCUGAAGAAAAUGGACUCUCACAGGAUAAAAGAAGAAGGCUUUGUGCAUGAUAAAGACUUGGAAAAUGAAGUGGAAGAUGAAAGCAUGGCUUUUGAAGAACUUGCCUAUAAAAAAAUCUCAAGAAAAAAAGGAAGAUGUGGGAAAUUAUAAUUGGAAAAAUUAUUCUGGAUGGCUGUUCUAUCCUCUUAACAAUCUAAUUUUAGAAUGAAAAAAUGUUAAAAAGAAUAGAGAGAUGGGAUCAGAAAUGGAAAGAGUCUGAAGAAAAAGAGGAACUUAUUCUAUGUUUUGUAUUUUUUUAUUACUUGUUGCUUAUUGCUUGUAUUAUGUCAGAAUAAUUACCUGUGUUGUGGUAAUGUAAUUGUUCAAACCUAAGAAAAGACCAAUUUCCUUUCAAACCUAUGUGGUAGCUUAAAAGUAACAAAAGCCAAAGAACCAAGCAUGUAGAAAAAAAAAUUCUUUCUGACUUAUCUCAGGGGUAUUUUUCUGCUCAGUCUUCUUUUUCUUCUUUCUCGCUAAUUUUCAUCGUCAUUCUUCUGAGCUGGAAUACUCAGAAAAAUAGAAGGAUAGUUUCUCUGAUUUUAAGAUCUUGCUAUGUUUAGAACUUUGAGUGUUCAGGUGAGAUGCUUACAGCAUCUCUCUUUUCUAUUUUUAUAGACAAGAACAGUAAUCUCUAAACACAUUCAUAUUUCUGACUGUGUACCUGUUGCUGAUUAGAUAGGUAUGAAAGUUAGGGAUUGUCUUUUAUUUGAUAAAGUUUUGAUAUAAACUUUUACCUGUACCUAUUGAAAAAUAGAUAAUUUUAGUUUGAAAGACUAUUACGCAUUUUAAGUGCUUUGUAAGGUUUAAUUGAUAAAAGUCUUUUUGUAAUAUAAUGUUUUUAUAAAACCUGUAAGAUUUUUUGAAAUCACUUAGUCUUGUCUUAUUUUUUUGAAUGCUUUCUGAGAGCCAUAUGUGAAUGGCUGCAUGAGUGGGAUUUGUAAAAUGGGUCCAGAGUAUCAGUUCAUGCUGAUGCCGUUUUACUUUUGGGAUUUCUGUGUGUCCAGCAUACUGUAGUGUCCUGGUUUUGGCUGGGAUAGAGUUAAUUUUCUUCUUAGUAGCUGGUACAGUGCUGAAUAUUUGAAUUUAGGAUGAGAAUAGUGCUGAUAACACAGUGAUGUUUUUGUUGUUGCUGAGCAGUGCUUACCCUAAGUCAAGGACUUCUUAGUUUCCCAUAGUUUGCCAGAGAGCAGGUGCUCAAGAGGCUGGGAGGGAGCAUGGCCAGGACAACUGACCUGAACAGACCAAAGGAAUAUUCCAUAGCAUAAAGCAUCUGCUCAGUGGAUAUAAACUGGGAGGAGUUGGCUGGGAGGGGCCAAUCACUGCUGGGGGCUGGACUGGGCAUUGGUUGUGAUGGGUGAGCAAUUGAGUUGUGCAUCACUACUUUUUCUUGGGUUUUAUUCCACUCUCUCUUUGUUAUCUCACUUUUCAUUAAAAUUAUUAUUAUUGUUACUAUA